AUGAUCCCCAGAGGAAUCAGGUUGUGGCUGCCUUCGGCUCUGCUCCUGUCUCAGGUCCCAGGCUGUGUCCCUGUGCAUGGCCCCAGUACUGUGACAGGCACUGUGGGGGGAUUGCUCAGCGUGUCAUGUCAGUAUGAGGAGAAAUUCAAGACUAACAAUAAAUCCUGGUGCAGAGUGUUAUUUGUGGUGCGAUGCAAAGAUAUCGUGAAGACCAGAGACUCAGAAGAAGCCAGGAAAGGCCGAGUGUCUAUUAGGCACAAUCCAGACAACUUCACCUUCAUUGUGACCUUGGAGAAACUUAGCCUGGAGGAUGCAGACACCUACAUGGGUGGGGUGGAUAGAUCAUUUUUCGAAGGCAGCUUUAAGGUUGAUGACUCCUUGGGGAUCAAUAAGUACUUCAUAGUUGAGUUGUCCAUCAUUUCAGGUCAUGGGAACUGUCUUGUGUUUCCAUCCUUUGUUCCAGUCACAGGUUCGAGCCAGGGGAAAGGUACAGAUAUCCUGGAGUCCACCAUAUCCUCACCUGUGCACACUCAGUGCAAUGUGACCACAGAGGACACAAUUCCUGCUCCCAGCCCACAGAAUAGCCUCUACUUCUGUGUCCUGGUGUUUCUGGAGCUGCCCCUGUUCCUGAGCAUGCUUGGUGCUGUCCUCUGGGUGAACAGGCCUCAGAGGUGCUCUGGGGGAAGCAGUACUCAGCCCUGUUGUGAGAAUCAGUGA